AUGAACCAUGUCGAAGAAGCUAGGCGACUAGGUGAGUUCAAUUCGGAAGCAGCGGCCCACAAAAACGCUCGACACGACAAUAUAGUCUUCUUAUUCCUUGGUUAUUGUCCUGAAGCAGACAAAUAUGGCAUCGUGAUGAGGGCCGCACAUGUGAUAGCUAUUCAGAUUUGUCAGGGUGUCUCAUAUCUUCAUCAGAAGAAGAUUAUUUAUAAAGAUCUCCAGUCGAAAAACAUCUUCAUUGAAAGCAAAAAUAAGGUCGUUAUCACUAAUUUCGGACUCUUCAGCAUGGGACGAUUACGCUAUCCACAAAGGAAUGACGCUAUAUGGACAUCAUCACAUUGGUUGGCAUAUAUGGCACCAGAAGAUCCGGUUAAUUGA